AAAGUUGCUCGGCAGUACCAUCACGUCAGCUGACUGCAGCCGUUUGUCUUAUAUCAGAUCACACAACAACACACUUAACAGACAGAUAGCCUACUCCUCGGAUGCGUUAAAAGAUCUCGAGGACUCGCCAACAUGAGACUCGCCUGUGUGCUGCUAGCUGCUGCCUUUCUGUGGACGUCCGACGCGAUUGUUCGGAUUCCUCUAAAGAAGUUCCGUUCCAUCAGACGGACAAUGAGUGACUCCGGCAGAGCUGUGGAGGAGCUUGUGGCUGGUUCUGUGCCCCUGAAAUACAACUUGGGCUUCCCAGCUAGUAAUGGUCCUACUCCAGAAACUCUUAAGAACUACCUGGAUGCUCAGUAUUAUGGAGAGAUCGGCCUUGGCACUCCUGUCCAGACCUUCACUGUAGUGUUUGACACAGGGUCCUCCAACCUGUGGGUGCCCUCGGUCCACUGUUCCCUGACUGACAUCGCCUGCUUGCUUCAUCACAAGUACAACGGGGCCAAGUCAAGCACCUAUGUGAAGAACGGGACUGAAUUUGCCAUCCAGUAUGGAUCCGGAAGCUUGUCUGGGUAUCUCAGCCAGGACACAUGCACGGUUGGGGAUAUUGCAGUUGAGAAGCAAAUAUUUGGAGAGGCUAUCAAGCAGCCUGGAGUGGCCUUCAUCGCAGCCAAGUUCGAUGGUAUUCUCGGCAUGGCCUACCCUCGCAUUUCCGUAGAUGGGGUUCCUCCUGUGUUUGACAUGAUGAUGAGCCAAAAGAAAGUGGAGAAAAAUAUUUUCUCUUUCUACCUAAACAGAAACCCUGACACCCAACCUGGUGGUGAGCUGCUCCUUGGAGGCACAGACUCCAAAUAUUACACUGGAGACUUUAACUAUGUGGACAUCAGCAGACAAGCCUAUUGGCAGAUUCACAUGGAUGGCAUGAGCAUUGGAGGCGGGCUGACUCUGUGUAAAGGAGGAUGUGAAGCCAUCGUGGACACUGGGACGUCCCUGAUCACCGGCCCCGCCGCUGAAGUUAAAGCCCUUCAGAAAGCUAUAGGAGCAAUCCCUCUGAUCCAAGGAGAGUACAUGGUUGACUGUAAGAAAGUGCCCACACUCCCCACCGUCUCAUUCACCCUGGGUGGAAAGACUUACUCUCUGACUGGGGAACAGUACAUACUCAAGGAAAGCCAGGGUGGAAAAGACAUCUGUCUGAGUGGAUUCAUGGGUCUGGAUAUCCCACCCCCUGCUGGACCACUUUGGAUUCUGGGUGAUGUGUUCAUAGGGCAGUACUACACCGUGUUUGAUCGAGAGAGUAACCGAGUGGGCUUUGCUAAGGCCGCCCAAUUGUAGACCUUAACACUUAAGAUGUGUCAUGAAAGUAAUAAGAAAUCUAGGAAUCUUUUAAUAUCAUCUCUGUGUAAAUGACAGAGUAGUGGUAUGAAUGAUAUGUUUGCACUGCUCUUAGCUUUCUGAUGUUUUUGUUUUAAAGAAGCACGUGGAGAUGAAAUGAUUCAGGGAAAAGUCAAAAAGAUGACAAUUUACAUUAUUUGCUUUUUAGUCGAGGCUUAUUUGAAUCCUUAUGUGAUUGUAACACCAGGUUUUAACAUUUAUUUUAUUGUUAUGUCAUUGAUUUUAAACACUACCUGUUUUGAGAUUUUUAUUGGUGAACAUGACCUUCCAUUAACAGAACAAAUCAGAAUGGACAAUAAAGAUGUUUUAAAUCCA